AUGCACCGUCAGUGUACCAAUAAUUCUGGUUCAAGUGAUAUAGAAGAGUUCACACAAGAAGAACUUCAGGAAUUCGCUCAGGCUUUCAAAAUGUUCGACAGAGACGGUAAUGGAACGAUGAAUAUCAAAGAACUUGGUAUAGCGAUGAGAACACUGGGCAUGAAUCCUACCGAAGAAGAACUCCAGAAUAUGGUUAACGAAUACGAUGUGGACGGUAAUGGAAAGAUUGAUUUCGGUGAAUUCUGUAAGAUGAUGAAGGAGAUGAAUAAAGAGACCGACCAAGAACUUAUUCGACUCGCUUUCAAGGUUUUCGAUAAAGAUGGUAAUGGAUUCAUUACCGCUCAAGAGUUUAAACACUUUAUGACGACGAUGGGUGAGCGUUUCACUGAAGAGGAAGUUGAUGAGAUCAUUAAGGAAGUGGACAAGGACGGCGAUGAACAGAUUGAUUACGAAGAAUUUGUGCAAAUGAUCGCUCCGAUCGUCUCUGAAGGCAACAAAGAUGAUCCGUUUGCCGAGCCACCAUCAUCGGGAACAACAAAGUAA